UUGUGAUAAUGGAUUAUUUUUUGUCUCUGAGCAUUAUUUCGUUACUAAUAAUCACAGGUGAAGCCAUUAGAUGUUACGAAUGUAGUUAUUGCACUGAUUUGUCAAAAUCUGAGAAAAUUGUGAGAGAUUGUCCUGACACUCCAAAAGGUGCAGCUUGUUUCAUAGUAUCUUACGUAUUAUCAAACUACACUUCGGGUAUUAGAAGUCGAGGUUGCAGCAGUAAAUCAUUGGUCACCGACGAGAGAUCAGCCCCAAAAUCUGUUGAUAUGGGGAACGGCACGGCUAAAGUCUACAUUCAACUGCUCAGUAUGUUUUAUUGUGACUUUGAUCUUUGUAAUGGAUCAAGUUUACUUUUCCAACAAUUUUAUGCUGUAUUAUCGGUUCUAUUUAUUAAUUUAAUUUAUAAUAUUUAUUACAAUAGCAUAAUAUAAUAAAAUAAUUUAUCUUUCUUAAUUAUUCAUACUAGAAGUGAAUAAAAAUGUAUAAAUAAGUAUAUUCACUUAUUACAAUUCAGUAUUCAUCAGAAAUUAUGUAAAAUUGUGCGCAUACGCACGCACUCUAAUCCUGAACCAAUAAGGAAUCAGGGGCCACUUUUUCGAUUAGUAUCGAUAUAAUUUCGAUACUAAACUAACUUCACUUUAGUCAUCAAUUUUAUAUUGUAGGAUCAAUGUUCAGGGAAAAUUAUUCAAGGUUUUACUCACACUAUAGAGAACACUUGAUAACAAAAAAUACUCGGGACAUAAUCCUAUAUUUAUCGUCUUGAUAACAGCGAUACAAGUACCACGAU